AAGCCGGCAGACGCGCUCGGUCAUCACUGGCAGCAGGAACCGGUGCUUAGGUUGCGGAUGAGAGCUUCUGAAUGUUCCCAACACAAGCUUCCGCCAGCAUGAAGCUGCUUUUGGUUCUCGCCGUCACCGUGACAGUCACUCACGCUGCAGACAUCGUGGACCCCUGCUCGUGCACCGCCUUCCCCUGCCAGAUCUUCAACGACGAGUUCGACUUCUUGGACUUCAGCGCCUGGGAGCACGAGAUAACAUUGGUUUCAGCUAUCUGGAUGAUGCCGAGGAAUUUCGAGUACGGUCUUUGGCCGGCCAGCGGAGAAAUUGACAUCGUCGAGUCCCGAGGUAACGACAACUACGGUACUCUUGGUAGCGGUUUUGCUGGUACCACCCUGCACUGGGGCCCAGCCUUGAACCUCAACAAGUAUAACCUCACCCACGCAGAAUACUCCCCCGCCAACGGGACUUCCUUCGCCGACAACUUCCACACGUGGCGCUUGGACUGGACGCCCGACGACAUAACGUUCUACCUAGACGACGCGGAAAUUUUGAAGGUGGACCCCGGCACCAACUUCUGGGACUUCGGCGGCCUGGCUACCAGUGGCUACGAGAACCCCUGGCGCUACGGCACCAAAAUGGCUCCCUUCGAUAAGGAAAAUUUUUGCGGGAAUUGGCCAUCAUUAAAUCCAAUACAUAAUUUAAAUCAACGGUUCUACCUAGACGACGCGGAAAUUUUGAAGGUGGACCCCGGCACCAACUUCUGGGACCUCGGCGGCCUGGCAUCCAGUGGCUACGAGAACCCCUGGCGCUACGGCACGAAAAUGGCUCCCUUCGAUAAGGAAUUUCACGUGAUUAUCAACUUGGCUGUUGGAGGCGUGAACGGCUUCUUCCCCGAUGACGUCCCUAGCAGCCCCCCUAAGCCCUGGUCCAAUGCUGAGAGCACCGCCCCGGCCUCCUUCUGGAAGGGCGUAAGUUAGAGUCCCUAGCA